AUGGAUACCAUGCUUAUUGUGUACACAUGCCGGUACAGGUAUAUAGCUCAUGAUAACGGAUAUCGACGGGUAUGUUAUUAUACCAACUGGGCACAGUACAGACAUGCGCCAGCCAAAUUUGUACCAGCAAAUGUGGACCCUACCCUCUGUACCCAUAUCAUCUUUGCAUUUGCCAAACUGAAUGGAAAUCACCUGGCACCGUUUGAGUGGAAUGACGAAAGCACUGCAACGGCUAAAGGGAUGUAUGAGCGUAUCAACGACCUCAAGCAGCAAAAUCCCUCCCUAAAGACGCUGUUAGCCGUUGGAGGAUGGAAAAUGGGAUCUGCUCCAUUUACAAGUAUGGUAGCUACGGACGCAAGCAGGAGAGAAUUUGCCACCUCAACAGUCCAGUUCCUGAAAAAGAACGGUUUUGACGGUCUAGACAUAGACUGGGAAUAUCCAGCUCACAGAGGAAGUCCUGCACAGGAUAAGGACCACUUCACACAACUUCUAAAGGUUCUCCACGAAACUUUUGCAUCAGAAGGUCUCAUGUUGACAGCUGCUGUGUCUUGUGGAAAGAGUACGAUCGACACAGCAUAUGACGUCCCCGGCAUUUCACAAUAUUUAGACGGGAUAAAUUUAAUGGCUUAUGACCUCCAUGGAGCAGGCUUUGAGACCAAAACAGGACACACUGCUCCACUGAAAAGCCACCCAUCUGAAACUGGAACUGAUAAACAACUCAAUGUCGAAUAUGCGGUAAAUUACUGGCUGCAGAAAGGGGCACCUGCUGAAAAAUUGAACGUAGGAAUGCCUUUAUAUGGAAUUUCUUUCACACUUGCCAAUGCAAAUAAUAAUGGAAUGUUCGCUCCCGACAAAGGUAAUGGUGGAAAGGCUGGAACGUAUACCCAACAGGCUGGAAUCCUGGCGUAUUAUGAGGUCUGCGACAUGUUAAAGAAUGGAGGUACCCGACACUGGGUUAAUGAAAUGGAGAUUCCGUAUGUCGUUAAAGGAGAUCAGUGGGUUGGAUACGAUGACCCAGAAAGCUUAAAACAUAAGGUGGACUUCAUUAAGAGCAAAGGAAUCGGAGGAAUCAUGGUUUGGUCCAUUGAUUUAGAUGAUUUCACUGGUAGUUGUGGAGAGGGAAAAUAUCCCUUACUUCAUGCUAUCAAGGACGAGUUGAUGGCCGGACAAACCCAACAGUAA